CGAACAUGGACGACUCCAGCCAGGGCAGCGUGAACGAACAAACCCACGCUCCGGACACGCCAGCCGGCCACUACUCCAAGGCGCACCCGUACUACAAGAAGCUUCGGCUGCCCAGCGGACGCCGCGUGGAUAUCACUCGACGAAACUAUUUCCUCAGGAAGUGGCGAGACAAGAAGGUCAAGACCUCGUACCAGCCUUUCAUCAUCCUCGGUAGCAUCUUUCUGCUGGUCUGCCUGGUCAUAUACGCCUACAAGGAAAACAUGCCCUGGCUGUACAACAUUCUCAGCGGAUAUAACUGGCGGCUAAGUGUGAGCCAUAACACUUAG